UACAAAAAUUUAAAAAAAAAAUACAGAACAGAAGCAAAAAUAAAAAUUCCGGCAGCCAGGGCCAACCUAGCAAAAAUUACGUGUGCCUUGUGUUAAACCAAUUUAUUAUUUUUCUUUUAAUUUAUUAUUUUUAAUUUUUUGCCCACCUACUAUCUACCCUUUCCGGUCAACCAGUUUAUUUGAUUAAUUUCAAUCCAUUUUGAGGUUCAUUUCGAAAGUUUUUAAUCCGUCGUAGUUUGGAACUCUAUUUACUAUUAUUUGCAAUGCCAGCAAUUAAGUUAGAAAAACUAACCAAAACAACCUUCAUUUGAGCUUUAAAAAAAAAUGCCCCGCCAAGGAGUCGAUAAUUCCCUAUUCGCUAUCAACACCGAAGAUCUAGAUCGUAUUGAUGUUGUUACUGAAGCUUCCUCACACUCUGACCUCAAUUCAACGGGAAGUCAUCAUUUCCUAACAGGUUCUAAAACAAAUUAUCGAUUUACAAAUCCUGACAAUGAAGAGGAAGCUUCUAAAAUACAAUCUCCAUCAAAUAGAGUUCGACGAUGGUCACAAAACAUAUCAAGAAUAAGCAAAGGCAAGUCAUCAUUUCGCGACAAGACAAUCUACAAACUUCCCUCCCGCAAAGUUUUCGCUGUCGAUGGCAAACCAAUUCCGAAUGAUUCCGAUGCAGAGAUUGAACAACUUGUGGAAGAAAUCGAACAACAUGAUCAUUUAAUGCAGGACACUGCUGUUAGCAAGCAAAUAAGAAUAGAAACUAUUCGAGCACUUCCGCAUCCAUUGUCCACUAAACGACGACUCAAGAGUAAAAUCACUCUCUCCGUGACACAACAUUUGUCUGGAGAGAGAUCUCAACUAAUGAAUCGAGUAAAGGAUUUUCUUUGUCAUUGUGGUCUGAAAAUCUGGUCACUCUUGGGAAGUCUAUUUAGUGGAAUUGAGAUUUGGUAUGAUGCAAUGAAAACAAUUGAAGGUCAUUUCGGCUGUAGUGUUGGGACAUACUUCAAAUUCCUUCGAUGGUUAUUUGUUAUGAAUGUUGUGGUGCUGAUGUUGACUUUUAUAUUCAUUACUUUGCCGCAAAUUCUUUUUAAUACUUUCGAUGAACGAAGUCGUCAUGUGACAGACAAAAUAAAAGAAAGGAGGUUUUUUGAUCUUUUGACUGGAGAGGGCUUCUUAAAGAAUUCAUUACUCUUUUAUGGUGCGUAUACGAAUAUGACAAUUACAUUGGGAACAUCGAGCAGUUAUAGCCUUCCACAUGCAUACUAUGUGACCAUGUUACUAAUUUAUUUGGUGACUUUUGUUUUGAUCUCCUCGAGCAUGGCUCGUUCUUAUCGAAAAAGUUUCAUUGAAUCAUCAGGUGGCAUACCAAGUAUGUAUGCCCACAAAAUAUUCUGUUCAUGGGACUUUGGAAUCUCAAAUGGCAAGGCUGCAAAUAUCAAACAUGAAUCCAUCUAUGAUGAGCUAAAAACAGUCCUAAGCAAUAUAGACAGAGACAAAAAACAUAUUCCUAGACUUUGGAAAUUAUGGAUAUUUUGCGCACGAAUUGCUGCCCAUUUGCUUGUUAUUGCUCUAAUUGCUGCAUUGGGUACUGCUAUAUGGAUUCUGUUAAAGUUCUAUGGUGAAGCUAGAACUAAAUCUCCAUGGAAGUCACUUUAUGUUGCAACUGCCGUUAAUAUUUCUAUGGUGAUAUUGCAGGCAUUUUUCUCCUGGAUUGGAAAAAUGGAGGACUACAGAACUCCCAGAAGAACUCUACAUGUUACGCUGGUUCGAACAUUUCUCCUAGAAGGAGUGAUAAUUGGAGUUCUAGUCUACUUCUGGCUGAAUAAAAAGUAUCAAGGGUGCUGGGAGACUGCGAUUGGACAGGAAAUCUAUCGCUUGGUCAUAUCGGACUUCUUUAUUAAUAUUUUUAUAGUUCCUUUGUUUGAUGUUGUUCGGGCCAAGAUCAUUGCACGACGAUGGCCCAAAGUAGAGAAACCUAAUUUUGACAUAUCACAAAAUAGCCUUGGCUUAGUAUUUAACCAGACCCUUCUAUGGAUAGGUCUUUUAUUCUCACCGCUACUUGCCUUAGUGUUGGUCGUUAAAAUGGCCCUCACAUUCUAUGUUAAGAAAACCACCCUAAUCUAUCUUUGUAAAUCACCCAAACACAUGUGGCGUUCAGCACAAACACAAACUCUCUAUCUAGUCUUUACUUUUCUUUCCCUUUUGGGAGUCAUCCUAACUCUCGGCUAUAUCAUGACUCAGGUUCCUGUAAGUCAGAAAUGUGGUCCAUUUCGUGAUUAUGUAUUUAUGUUUCAAAUAUUUAUCAAUGGUGUGCUUAAAUUGCGAGAAAACGAUUGGGUGUGGGGUGCUCUCAUGUGUCUCAUUCGUCCAGCUGUGAUUGGUGGAAUUCUUUUAGCUAUGAUGGUGCAUGUUUAUUAUUUGAGAUCAAAAGCUCAAGCUAGAGGAAUUAUGGUUAAGCUACUUAAGGAUAUGCUUUAUCUUGAAGCGAAGGAUAAAGAGUUUCUUGUAAUGCAUAUUACAAAGAUUACUAAAGAUCGACAUUGGAUGUUUGAAGAAGAUGAUCAGAAGAGUAAUUUGCAACAUGAGGAUCCUUCAGAUGAAUUUGCUGAAUCAUGUUCGACUUGGAAAUUUGAAAGACAUAAACCGAGAAAUCAAAGUGUGAGCAGUCGGAGUAGUGUUAGUACUUCAAGGACUGUUAAUGGUGGAACAGAUGACGAUGAUGAUGAUGAUGAACAUGAAACAAUACAUAUCGAUGAAUCAAUUACAAGAGAUAAGGACACUUAAUAAAAAAAAAUAUGAAUUGCGAUAGUCUUCCAAUAAUAAUGGAUUUUUAAUUAAAUCUCAAGUAUUUAUGUAGUUAUAUAUUUAUUAUUAUUUUAUUUUAAAUCACACUUAACAACAAUUGAACAUACAAAUAUUAUAUUAUUGCUGAAAGGAUAUAUAGAAAAUUAUACUUAUUAUCUAAUGUUAAGCAAAAAAUGUUUACAAAAAAUGAACA